UACCAUUACUAAUAAUUUUCUUAUUACACUGAGGCAUCUGUGAAUGUUGUGCAGUGUCAAUGUGUCCUUCUUAGGAAAAAUAAGGGUAGUGCUCAAUAGUGACAUAUGUGGCUGAUUUUUAAUUGAAGCAACAUAACGUUCUUCUUCGUGAUGUUCUAAUUUUUUUUCUCUUGACACUAUUUGCAGCUACUUGCAACCAUGGCAUCUAAUGCACUUGAGGAAAAAAUAAAUAAAAUUCGACAGCAAAAUGAAGAAAUUAGAAGAAGAUAUGAGGAAGUUGAAGAAGAUAAAAAAAAUGCAGCAAAACUAAAUGCUUUGGUACAAAUGGUACCAUCAACAGAUUGGCCAGAAAGAAAAGAACCACCAGAAUUUGUAAAUCCCCCUAAAAUUAAACCAAAAUCAACCAAAGAAAAACAUGAAUAUACAUCACAUUCCCAUGCUGGGGAAGGAAAAAAAAUUCAUUCUUUUGCUCAAGGAGAGGGACCACCACCGGAUCCUAAAUACAAUUUUUUAGCAGAUUCUGAACGAGAAGAACCUAGUGUAGAAUACAUAAAAGAAAAUAAUGGGAAUAGAUCUCAUCAUAAAGUAACAAAAGGAAGUUUCAGAAAAAAGAUUAAUGGCAGAGAGGGUAACCAGAAAGAUAUUAAAUCAAAUAAAGGAAAUUACAGAGAUGAAUCUCAACCAGCAUAUGAUGCUUGGAGAGCAGAAAGAAAUCGUAUUGAUGAAGAUCGUAUUAGUAGACAAAGAACUGCAGAGGGCAAUUGGCGUAGGGAAUGGGAUAAUGAUAAAGUACAUAUUAUAUAUGAUGCAGUAAAAAAAUCAUCAAGGCCUACAUUAGGAGAUUUUACAAAAAAGGAUAAAGAUUCUGAUAAGAGAUAUCAUGUUAAUAAUAAUGAACAUGUCAAUUACAUUCGUGGAAAUCAUCGUCCUCAUCGUGGAACAAAGAACUUUUACAAUAAUUAUGAAAAUCGGUCUUAUAAUACUUAUGAUCAACAUAGAAAUAAUACAGCAAUAUCCACAAAAACUCCUGUUUCUCCAACUUCUGAAGAAAGAACUGUCAUUGCAACUGAUAAAAGUAUUAAAGUCACAGUAAAUCAAAGCAAUAUAACAAAAGGACCUGUAAUGAGUGUUAAAGUGAAUUCACCAAGUAUAGCCGGAACUGGAAGAGUUGGACCACGGCAAAGAACUCGUUUAACAUAUAGUCAUUCAGAUGUCGAUACACCCUCCUCUGAAGGUGAAUCGUUUUUCCGUCAAAAAUCAUUUGAAGAUAAAUCCAAAGGAAUUUAUUUUAAUAAUCAGAAAUUCUCUAAUAUAAAAAGAUCUCAUUCACAAAAAAAAAAGGAAAAUGAGACAAAAUAUCAAUAUCAUUCAAAAAAAGAUAUAAAAAAGGAAGAUAGUGAUUCAUAUAAGCAUUACGAAAAUGAAUUUAAAUCUUAUACACAAAAGGAUCAAUAUAAAUCUCAUGCUAUUAAAUCAUCAAAAUCUUUAAAGGAAAAUAUAAAAAUGACAGAAGAUGAUUCUUCAAAUGUAAAUGUUUCGCAAACACACGAAACUCAAGAAUGUUCAACUCCUAGUAAAAUAAAAUUGGAAGAAAAUGCUGAAAUGAAUAUAGAACAUAAUGUUGAAUUAAAUAUCAAAUAUAAUGAUGAACAGAAUAUUGAAUAUAAUAGUGAAAAAAAAAUUAAAUGUAAUAAUGAACAGAAUAUUGAACAUGAUGCAACAGAAAAUUGUUGUAACAUUCAAUCUAUUAAAGUAUCAAGUAUAGAAAAUGUGCAAUCAAAUAUUGAGAAUAAGAUGACAAAUAAAAUAUCAUCGAUAAAAGAAAUAAAAAUUGAAGAAAUUUCUUUGUCUUCUAUAUCAAAUGCAGAUAAUUUUGAACACAUUACCAAAGAUGAUAUCGAUAAAAAUAGCUUUGAAAAUAACAAUGAAUGUUUAGAUUCUCUUAUGAAUAAUGUAACAAAAGAUUUACAAGAAAGUAUGUCUUCCGAAAUAUCGGUUCCAAUUAAUAUUCAGUGUAAUGAAAAACAAAUAUUAGAAAAUAAUGAAAUAUUUAAUGAUGUUAUUGAGAUAGAUACAGAUCUUCUGUAUAAAGAUGAUCAACAAAAAUCAAAACAAAUUACAAAACAGUUUGUAAACGACUGUGAUAAUAUCGAAGAUGAAAUUACAGUGCAACAAAGUGUAGAGGAGAUAACAGAUAAUUCUGUAUCUUUGUUGGAAGAUAAAACACAUUCUGUGAUAGAAAUUAAUAAUCAAUCAGUAUGCAAUAAUAAGUUAAUAGAGAAAGAGCAAUUAGUACAGAAAGAAAUAUUGAAUUUAGAAAAUACAGCAAAGAAAAAUAACGUAUCUGAUAACAAUUUAAAGGAUACUAUGAAUUUUUGCGAAAUAAAAUCUGAGAAUAUUUUUAGUCCUGCAGAUGGAAGUGUAGAUGGAAAUUCAAUACAAGAAAGUAAAGAUAAAAUUGAAGAAAUAAAAGAAAAAGUAAAUGAAAUAAAUGAUAAAAUAUUGCAAUAAAAACAAUAUCAAGUUUUAAUAAAAUGUGUAAUGAAUUACACCUAUACUUUUUGAUAUUAGAAACAUUUCUAUUGUUCAUUAUGAUAAAAAAUAUUGUUUUAACGUAUCAUUAGGAAUGAAUUUUAAAAAUUUUGAAAAUACUAAUAACUGCGAAAUUUCUUUUAAUAGUUAAAAAUUAAAUUGUUAAUUUUUGAUUUGAUUUUAAAAUAUUUCACAAUAAUAGCAAUACAUUUUAAUUGGUUAAUUUAUCAUUUAACAUUCAUGAAAAAUUAAAACAUUUAUUUUGAAGAUUAUAAAUAUUUUCAAUAAAAUAUUUAUAAGAUAAUUUUAAAAUAAUGAAAGAAUUAUUAUUAUUACUAAGUGAUACUAUUUGCGCACAAUCGUCAAUGCUAUUUAAUUAAUCCUUUGUGAAUUUACAUUUAAUCAUUCUUUGUAUUAGUAUUUGCUUUAAAUGAAAAAUUUUUUUUUACAUACGUUAAUAUAUUGGAGAUAAUACUAUUUAUAUGAUUAUCUUCUAUUUUCAUCUACAGAAGGAUCCAUUUUUAUCUAUUUUUUUCUUUUUUUUUUCUUCUAAUAUUACAUUGUUACAAAUGAAAAAAGCAAUGUAAAUAUUUUGUAUAAAAUAUUCGUUUUUGUUUUUUUAUUUUUUAAAGAAAUAAAACUGCAAAGGAUUAGUACAUUAAAAGUUAAUCUACUACAGUGCUUUUAUAAUAUAUAGAAAUUGACAAGGCCAAGAUUCGUAUUUCUUGAUACUUUAUAUAAAAUUUUACGACAAUAGAAUACUAACAUCUGUUCAAAUAAUAUGCGAUCUCGAAUGAUAUUUUUGUAAUUGGCUCUAGGAAUUAAUUGUAUAUUGAAGAUUGAUAUAUGUGUACACAAAAAAUGUUGUAUACUUUAAUAUCAUUGGAACUGUUGAUUUA